CUCAUCCGUCCGACAAUCGAACGUCAUCAUGGCGUCCGACCAAGUGAACGUCGACGUGAUUGUCGACAAGCUGCUUAGCGUGCGGGGCGCGCGGCCGGGGAAACAGGUGAACCUGCUGGAGGAAGAGUUACGCUUCCUGUGCGUGCAAUCGAAGAAGUGCUUUAUGGCGCAACCGAUGCUGCUUGAACUGGACGCUCCCAUCAAAAUCUGUGGCGACUUGCACGGGCAGUACUUUGAUCUGCUCAGCCUGUUUCAGUAUGGCGGGUUUCCUCCCCAGUCCAAUUACCUUUUUCUCGGCGACUACGUCGACCGCGGCAAGCAAAGCAUUGAAACGAUCGCGCUGCUCUUGGCGUACAAGAUCAAGUACCCCGACAAGUUUUUUCUCUUGCGUGGGAACCACGAAGACUCGUCCGUGAAUCGGUUGUACGGAUUUCACGACGAAUGCAAGCGUCGGUACAACGUUAAGCUGUGGAAGAUGUUCUGCGACAGCUUCGACUGCCUUCCCGUCGCAGCCAUCGUCGAGCAGAGCAUCUUUUGCAUGCACGGUGGGCUGUCACCGGAACUCCAAGAUAUGCAACAGAUCGCGCGACUGGCACGUCCUGCGCCUAUGCCCGAGACCGGGCUUCUCGCCGACCUCUUGUGGAGCGACCCCGAGGCGAACAUCCUCGGUUGGGGUGAAAACGAUCGCGGGAUCAGCUACACAUUUGGAGUGGAUGUGGUCGUGCAAUUCCUCAAGCGGCAUGACCUGGACAUGAUCUGCCGCGCCCACCAAGUCGUCGAAGACGGGUACGAAUUCUUUGGCGGGCGAAAGGUCGUCACGAUCUUCAGCGCGCCUAACUAUUGCGGCGAAUUCAACAAUGCCGGCGCGAUCAUGGUGCUCGAUGAGUCGCUGCUGUGCAGUUUUCAGAUCCUAAAACCGAUGGAGAAAAAGUGGGCUGGCCCUGGCGGGUUUUUGAGGAAAUGAAAAUAGAUGCCUAGACUGAUGCCGUCUAUUUUUUUGGAUGGCGGACGUGGCGCCAUCGACAAGCGAGGGCGACGGCGCGGUGCUAAGAGCACGUCAUGUU